AUGUCGGCUGCGAUCUCUUCAGUCGUCAACCCUCAGAGCCAAAGUGCUCGUCAAUCGGCACGCCAGACACGAACGAAUCCAUCGCGAACCUCCAAGACUCUUGGCCGCUCCUCGUUUGCGUACGGUCAUGGCUCGAUGAGUGACGCUCCUCCGACGCCCACCAUUCCACACGGGUUUUAUCCUGCUCUCACCCAUUUCACCGACGCCAUCACGGCGCUCCCGCGAGAAUUCCGGCGUCAUAAUUCGUUGCUGAAAGAGGUGGAUGCGAAGGCAUGGGCUCUAGAAGAGAAUCUUCUGCAGCUGCUCAAGGUCUCUUCGGAGUCCCAGGCUGUGCAGCAUCCUCCCAAUCCGGCGCCUAUCGUCGCGGGUGUGAUCCGCGAGGAUGUUAUGCGUCAGGAUCCCUCGCAACCACCUGAGUCGCCGGAAAGCAAAAAUCGUCGUCUCCUUUUUGAUCGCGUACGACACACCCUUUCGGACCUGAUGAUGACCGCAGAUGAAAAGAACCAUGUGAUUUCCAACGCCAACGACGAGCUGGAUCGUCAGGUCGCGCGUCUUGACACAGUCUUCCCGUUCAUCGCGGGUGAGAUCAGCGAUGAGUCUCGCCUGGGCAGCCUCACCCACUGGGCCUACUCGAAUCGCAAUACCGCUACAAAGACCACUACCAAUGAACGUCCUCGUCGCGAAGUAGCGGCAGCUAAAGAAUUGGCGGAGGCAGAAGCUUUCUCCCGGAGUGAGGCAAGACGGGAAGCAGUCCUGGCACGCAAGCAUCGCCGCGGUCACGCGGAUUCUGAGUUUGAUGACACCCGUUCUGGUUCUCGCAAGGGACAUAGUAGCAAGGCGCGAAGUGGCGCUGCGACAGGGGAGCAUGCGGCAGAUAAUGCGGUCUCCGGUAGUACGGCGACCACGAAGCGUCGGAAGGUUGAACGGCCAACACCUGCAGAAUCCAGUACUCCAAUGGAACGAACGGCGAGCGGUGCCGGUAGCACUGCUGGGCGAGCCGGUUCUAAGGACGCUCAAGAUCUUGCCAAGAAGAGAUCGCGAGCUCCUAACUCAGGUACGGCCGCAGCACGCAAGAGGAACACUACUGGUAUCACCGCGGCCGAAUCUCCUAUAUUAGAACCACCCCCCGUCAUCGGGACCUUCAAUGCGCCACGAAAGACGAGUCCUGUAUCUACUACGAGUCGACCACAAUCCUCACGUGCACCACAAAACGGUGCGCAGUCUGUCAAUGGACGGAAUAGACCAUCAUCUGCCACAUCAAACCGUGUGACUGACAGUACGUUCCCUGGACCUGGACCAACCCUGGAACUUGCCCUUUCUAACGCGGGCCUCGCCGUAGAUAAAGGCAUCGAAGCCAAACCAAGCUCCAGGGAUACACCUGCCAAGAUGGAUCCUGUUGUUCCUGGACUUGUUGGUGCGGAUGUACAACGCAGAGAGACAGAGUGUGACGCGGGCAAUGGCACUACGUCCAGGAUGCCAGUAUCAGGUACCAAGCGCGAGGACUCAGACAGGCCUGCGGAAUCAGUGGAAACAGGCGAGUCGCCAGCUCCGCCCCAGUCCAACUCCGGAUCCAAAGGCCGAUCCUCCAAAACAUCAACCCCUGUCCUCCAAUCCUACGAACCCGCACAACCACGCGUACGACCUACUCGAAGUACAAACCCUGCACCCACUACUUCCGCCAAACGGUCCCACAAGAAGAACGGGGGCGCAGCAGUUGUACCGCCUCCGCCAUCUGAGGAAGAAGAAUCGAUGCACGAGGGCGACGAUGAAGACGAAGAAGGCGAGCCGCGGUAUUGCUACUGUAACGAAGUUAGCUUUGGAGAGAUGGUUGCGUGCGAUAAUGAUGCUUGUCCGCGGGAGUGGUUCCAUUUGUCGUGUGUUGGGAUGACAAAGCCUCCUGGGAAGAACGUCAAAUGGUACUGCAACGAAUGCAAGGAUAGCAUGCGGCGGAGUCGGAGCGGGAGGUAG